AUGACCGGCUUCUCUGCCCUCCCACUUGCAGAGCAAGAUGCCCAACACCACGACGCCCACCUCGCAGGUGUCUCCAAAAUAUUAGGCCCAAGAUGGGCUCAGCUACCUGCAGUCACAGUAGGCCUGCUCGGUGUCCAAGUCUUUUGGUCCGUAGAGAUGUCCUAUGGUACCCCAUAUCUCUUGUCCCUCGGCCUCACAAAGGCUGCCGUUGCCAUUGUCUUCCUCGCCGGCCCAAUAUCCGGUCUCGUCGUCCAGCCCCUCAUAGGCGUCCUCGCCGACAACUCAAUGUCUCGCUUUGGUCGCCGUAGACCCUACAUGAUCGUAGGCUGCAUCGUCUGCACCUCCGCUAUGCUCCUCCUUGGCUUCACUCGCCCCGUCGCCUCCGUAUUUACCUCUUCACCUUCACCAGCAAAUGAUGUCCUAACCAUCUGUCUCGCCAUCGUCGCCCUUUUCACUAUCGACUUUUCCAUCAAUGCUGUGCAAGCUGUCGAUCGCGCUUUAAUCGUCGACACUCUCCCCUCCGCCGAGCAAGCUGAUGCCAACGCCUGGGCCGCCCGCAUGCUCGGCUUCGGUAGUGUCGCAGGCUACUUCAUAGGAAACGUCGACAUGACCUCGGUCUUUCCCUUCUUUGGUAGUACCGAGCUUGAGGUUCUAGCCGUCGUCGGUUCCCUCCUACUGCUCGCCACCCAUGCCCUCACCGCGUUCUGCACCAAGGAGAAGGUCGUCGUUUCCAGCAGACGGUUAGGCAAGACCUUCGCCAACGAACUCCGAGACAUUUGGGACCACGCGUUCUCCCUACCUCCUGCUAUCCGUCAAAUCUGUUUGAUCCAGUUCUUUUCAUGGAUGGGCUGGUUUCCCGUGUUGUUUUACACUACUGCCUUCAUCGGCGAUCUUCACAAGGCCUCCUCAGCCCUCCCUCCCUCUGAUCCCGACCUGGACGCCGAGGCCACGCGGCUCGGUACACGCGCUCUGUUCUACUCUUCUCUUCUCAGCUUCACUGGCAACGUCCUUCUCCCAUUCAUCGUCGCCGAGUCCGCGCGAUCGCGCCGGCUACUUGAGCGCAAGCUCGCUCAGGCCAGACGAAGCGCCUGGCUGAGGCUCUAUGAUCGCUCAAAGAUCGGUCUUCCUACGCUUUGGGCGGUGGGCCAUCUCCUCUUCGCCGUGUGUAUGUUCGCGACCUUUUUCUACACGAGCGUUGAAGGAGCCACGUUUUUUACGACCCUCACCGGCUUCUCUUGGUCGAUCACUCAAUGGGCUCCGUUCUCUCUGUUGGCCGAGGCCAUCCUGACGGAGGAUGCUCAUGAUGGAGAGGCGCCAGUAAUUGUUUUGAACGAUACUCGCAGUCGCCGACGCUCGGGCUCACUUACAUUGGCUGGAGACGACCAAGAACGACAGUUCUUAGUUGGGUCUGACGACGAAGACGACUCUCCGAAUCAGCUGUACACCGCACCGACUACCGCGCAGUCGCCACAUCGACGAAGUCCGAGCAGAGAAGACGACGACACCGGGGCAUCGCACGUGUUCCUCCAGAAUGCCAUGGCGCGUACGAGCCACGUCGACGUGCAUUCGGUCUCACUGUCCGAUCCGGAGACCCUCCACGCUGACCUAGAAGCCCCGAGGGAGAAGGCCGGUUCGGGACUGGCAGCGAAGGCCGGGAUCAUCAUUGGCAUCCACAACAUUUUCAUCGUCAUCCCGCAGUUUAUCAUGACUGGGCUCGCGUCCAUUAUCUUCGCUCUGCUCGAUCCGACCAAACGUGGAUCCGGCGUGGUGGAUCCUCCGUUGUCGACGAAUGGAACCGUCGUGGAUCCGGCGGAUGCUUUCGCGCGUCAAGAGGCCGUUGUCUCUGGCAGCGGUCCUAAUUCCUAUGCUAUCAUCUAUCGCAUCGGCGGACUCUCAGCGGUGGUAGCCUUUGUACUGACGUUGCGGCUCGCGCGAGAGUUGCGACAUCACUAG